AUGGUUGUCUCAGUAUUAAAACACUCUAUUCAAAAUCAACCGCAAAAGCCAUACAGUGGAGCAGAAGUAGUGGAGUACUGUGUGAAGUUUGCUUGGGUGAUAACAGAAGUGCUUGCCCAAAAAAAAUAUCAUUUUACUCCAGUCAAAAUAGCAAUUCUCUCAUUCCUGCUAGCAGCAACCAUCAUUCGUCUUUUGAGAUUGAAAAAUUUUGUCGAAUUUGUCAUAGUGUCAGUAGUUUUGAUGAUCCUCUCAUUUCUCCAUGUCGAUGUACUGGUUCUCUGAAGUACGUCCAUACAUCAUGUCUUCUACACUGGUUGACCAUUUCUGCUCGUAAACUGAAGCGUCCAGCAGUUUGCGAACUUUGUCUCUACAAGUAUCGUCGACGUCAUAUUAUUGACAAUGAGAAAAAGGAGACUUUGUUGAGCUCAUUCACUAUUUUUUCCGCAUUUCUCUUUUUCGCGGCAUUUUUUGUUGCCUUGUACACUCAUAUCAAGUUAAAUAUCAGCUUGAUAAAUUACAUAUAUCACUGUUGGAUCAACAAUCACAGCUGCAUGAUUGAAGAGUAUCAUUCAAAUUAUGAUCAACGCUACUGUCACAAAUUGGAACAACUCCGACGACGACUCAAUGGUGAAGUGCAUUUAAUGGUAUUUUAUAGUUAA